GACCUGUGUGCGCCUCAGGCAACGGGGGGGGGACAACCGAUUCUGCAGACUCGUAAUAAAGCUUAAGUUACUUGUUUCCAAGACUUUGUCUCCACUGACUCUGUGAUUGUGAGCACGUGAAUCUAUAUCUCACAAGCUUGGGGGCUUGUCCGGUAUCCACACUCUGAGUCGUCCAGCGGUGGGUUCGGAAGAAGGGAAGGCGCGCCCCGCUGAGUUCAGUGGUCUCAGAUGUCCUUGCUUGUCGUUGGGCGGCUCGAGCGAGUGGUAUCCGGAUAGGAGACUCUGGAAACAAGUGGGUUUAGGUUAAGGGCCCUUGGAAUGAAAAUCGAUCGAGCAAUUCUUGUGCACAAGGCCCAGAGUUAAAAGCCUGAGGAUUGGAGGCGCAGACUCCUCCGCUCAACUUUUCCAUCCACUCAGUCAAGGCAGGAGACUGGUCAAGUUGUGGGAAGAAGGAAAACCUCAGCCACAGUGGACAAGUCCAUACCUGGUGCUGUCGACCACAGAGACAGCUGCACGGAUGAAAGACAAAGGGUGGACGCACGCAGCCUGGAUAAAGGGUCCAGUGGAUCCGCCGGAGGACGAGUGGGAAGCACGGGAGGGGGAUAAUCCAUUAAUGUUAAAACUGAAGAAGAAGAUAAGAUGACGGGUGUACGCUGUACUGUAAUUAUGAUAUUAUCCACUGUUGCCUGGGGAGAGGGAAAGAAUCAUUUUUAUCACUCUACGUCAAAACUAUGCUAGACAAAUGGGGCGUACCAACUGCUGGGUGUGUGCUGCAAUCCCACAUCAUGGGGAGUCCGGAAUUCCUCUUACCGAUGUACCUCUGACCAAAGAAGAAAUAGGCAAGGUGCUGCAGUUUGACUCCACUUUAAAUGAUACGUGGGAGUCGGGCAGGGGUGCAUGGAAUUCUAGUUACGGAAAUUGGUGGCUGCGUUGGGGAAGGUGGAAUGGGAGCAAAGGGAAUUAUAGUUUCAAGGGAUGGUUUCCUUGGCCGGCCCCACGGACCCAAUGUGCAAUUGAUGGUCUCAGAGUUUCGCCACCUAGGGGACACCUAAGUUAACUCAACAUGCUUCUGUAACUGGAACGAUAGAGCCCCGUUCCAAUUGGGGAAUUCGUCUUGUAAACUAAACAUUCUAGCCUCAGACACCACCCUACCCUAAGUUUUAAAUGGGAGGCGCUGGGUUUGCGAUAAAAGGCGUAUCCAUAUCUACCCAGGGACAUGCACCAUCACCGAGGGGAGGAGGGGUCCGAGUGGGGGAGACCCUCGCCCCAUGAUCAAAAGGGAUGGAGUGGCUGUUGUUAUCUAGCCUAUUUGGUUCCACAUAUGAGACUCCUGUGGCGGGCCCCUAAGCCAAACCAGAGACAAGGAGGAGGGAGAGGUAUCCUCCGAAAAGUAACUCGAGGGGGAUCGUCUCCUCUGGACCCUGUUACCCAUGUAUGGGACGGCCCAGUCAGGGAGAGAGAUACAGAAGCUGGCGGCCUCUCUGGAGGAGUUGGCCAAUGACACUGCUGAUGCGUUAGCCGAUACCCAAUCCCAGGUGGAGGCCAUAACCACUGAGAUGAUUGCCACCAGGCUAACGGCUCUUCAAAACCAGAUGGCUCUACACUUUGUUCUAGCUGAAAAGGGCAGUACCUGUGCCCUAAUUGGGGCAGAAUGUUGUACAUACAUACCGGACACCUCUCCCAAUAUUACUGAUAUCUCCCAGCAUGUGCAAGACCAGGUCACCAAAAUAAGGGAAGCCGGUAACAGGUACCGGAACGAAAAAGGAUGGGAAUGGGGAAAUUGGGGAUUGACCGGUUGGGGAAGUUGGCUGGACAAUUUGGCCAUUUAUGGAUUGCUGAUACUAGUGGGUCUGGUGGUGAGGCUCAAUGUCCUGAAAUGUAUAUUGAGCCGAUUGAUAACAUCCCUUGAAGGGGGGACCCAGGUUCACCGCCAAAGGCUUCUGCAAUCGGAGGAUAGUGCGCAGCAGAGAGAGAUUCAGAGGAUGCUCCGGGGGUUUGAGGGACGGGAUCCCGAGGUGCAGUUUAAUCAUAAUGUGUCGCAAAAAGAAAAAGGGUGGAUUGUGAGAAAAAGGAAUGAUUAAACUGCAGUAAAAAGAACUACUCAGCUUUGAACGAAAAGACAUCUAGUACUAAGCCGAGUGAUAAGAAAAAGGAGUAAGGGCCAAGUGAUUAGAAACCAGAUGAACUGGUCCAAAACUGCUAGCAGAUACCCAGAGGGUGAAAAGGUUAAGCUUAGCACAAUAGACAUAGUUGAAGUGCAUGCCUAAUGAGAGAAUGCAUAUUAACUUUUACGCCCAUGCUUACGAAGCUGCUUAAUUAGCAUAGCAUGCGAUGUAUGAAGAGGGUGGGACAAGGGAAGUAAUGGGAAGAUUGUGCAGCUUAGAGCUCAGAUUGGACGGAGCUAA